AUGGCUUUGCGAGCUUUCAACAUUGAACUGGCUCAGAUUCGCGACCGCAUUAACAAUACAGAUCAGGCGAAGUUUCGUUUCCAAUUCUGGCGAGACGCCGUGAACAGUUUGUUCGAACCGAAUCUACGACAUCGAGGGACGCCGAUCGAACGUGAACUCAGCGAGUCCACCGUCGGUCUGAAGCUGUCCAAGUAUCACUUUAAUCAACUGAUUGAUGCUCGUCAACGGCAUUUCAACGAGUGUGCUUUCGACAGUCUUCGUGCUGCACAAAUUUAUGCCGAAGAAACCAAUGUUCCUAUUCACUAUCUUAUUUGUGAGGCCUACGGUGAGCUGUGCGGUUACCCAUGUUUUCCACCUUACUUUCGAUGUAUUUCUUGA